AUGUCCCUGGACGAUCCCCCGCGCGUCGCCGAUCGCGCAGCGCUGAGCGGUACCGGCGUGAUCGAUCGAGGGAUCGGGACCCGCGCCCUCAGAGCGAUACCUGGCGCAGACGGGACCGUACCCGGACCCGUCGAGGCGACGCAGUCCCAUUGGAAGAUCGCCCGCUAUCCGGGACGAAAGAAGCGAUCGUGCCAGAUCGCCGCCGCGCCGCGACAUGAGAGACAGGGAACGAGGUCGCCACCGCCAGCACCCCGGGGUGGCUACCGUCCACGGUCUCGUAGCACGAGCCGCCGCGGCGGUGAGAGAUAUAUAGGAUCUUCUUACAGACGGGCGUCGCCGCCCCGAGAUUCUGGCAUCUCGUCAGCGAUCACGUCUCGAUCAGCUUCAGGCAAGUCGUCACCGCAUCCUCCUUCCAUCCGAGCACGAUCGCGGCCGCAAUCGAGGGAGCGUGGGGAGCGUGUCGAACGGGAGCGGGAGCAGCCGCAGCCGCAGCCGCAGCAGCGAGAGCGGGAGCGGGCGCCCACACCUCUACAGACGGGCGGUGCUUCUGCCGCAUCAUCGUCCUCGACGGUUACGACGACGACGAAUCGCGAAGCACCCAAGCCUGCCGCCGCCGCCGUCGCCGUUGCCCCCCCCCAAGAACCGGCCCCCACGGUAGCAAAGACGCCACCUCGAGGCCCUGCCGCUUUACGUGCUCCUCCGACCGGUCCUGCUGCGACCCGAAACUUCUCUGCGCCCGCCGGCUCACCAGCUGUCCAGCCACCUAGACACCCGCAGACUCCGAGCGUGCCACCCCCGCGAGCAGACGCCACCAGUCCCACUAUCCCCCCGGCUGGCCCUCGUGGCUACGUGGCUCCGCCGAGGGGUGGCGGAUACAGUGCCCGUGGUGGACGAGGUUCAUGGUCAGGCCCGUCGCCUCGUCAAGCUCCUGUCCCUACAACGUCACCCUCAUCCACACCAUCUACCAUCCCAACCGGGCCACGCGCCAACCCUUCUAACAGCAUCUCAUCAAACCCCUCUCCUGCACCCAAGGCCUUCAACCCUCCCACCGGUCCUUCAUCACAGCACGGUGCUGGAGGUGCUCGGCCAACCUUGGCCCAGAGCAUGCUUGCGACACUCCCCCCUAUCAUCCCCGGAGGCAAGAUUGACCCCUCUCUGCUUCCGACGACCACGGGCAUCACGAGGGACAUCGAGCCGCACUACAAGAAGCUCAAGGCGGAAGAGGAGAAGGCACGCGCGGAUCUGGACACUAAGGAGGACAAGCUGCGGCAGAGUCUCCAGAUGUGGGACAAGCUCGAGAUGGAGUCCAAGGCAUGGAAGACGAGGGUGGAUCUCAGUGAGCAGAGCCUCAACAAUUUGGCCGGUGAGGGUGUCGGCGGUGCUGCCUUUUAA